AUGUCCGUUCACGCGAACGGAAGAACACCCGCCCAACCUUUCUGCCAGUCCCCUUUUCGGACCCGCAGUGACCUCCAGGAUGCCUGCAAGGCGCUCCUCGACCCCCUCGUCCCCCGCUUCACGCCUGGCGGAAGUCGUGUAAAGAUCGGGUCUUCGACGACUCGGUUUGACGAGGGCGGCGCGCAGAUCGAGGGAUUUGCCCGCCCAUUAUGGGGGCUUGCUUCUUUGUUAGGGGGUGAGGGCGAUUAUCUGGCGGCCUCUCGGUGGCGCGACGGCUUCAUACAAGGGACGGAUCCCGCGAGUCCGGAAUAUUGGGGGGAUAUCGAGGACUUGGAUCAGCGAAUGGUGGAAAUGUGCCCGAUCGGGUUUGCGCUGGCGGUUGCUCCGCAUGUCUUUUGGGAUCCAUUGACUAGUCAACAGAAGGAGAAUGUGGCAAAGUGGCUAGCAAGCAUCAAUGAGCGUGAGAUGCCAAACACGAAUUGGCUAUGGUUUCGAGUGUUUGCGAAUCUGGGUCUGCGGCGGAACGGGGCCCCAUACUCACUGUCUCGUAUCGAGGCUGAUAUGGAUCACCUAGAUACAUUCCAUGUGGGCGGAGGUUGGAGCAAUGAUGGCCCCAAAAGCCAUCACCAAAUGGAUUACUAUUCUGGGUCUUUCGCGAUCCAGUUCUUGCAACUGCUCUACUCCAAACUAGCCGGGGAUUUUGAUCAGCGGCGUGCAGAACAGUAUCGCGAACGUGCCCAGCAGUUUGCGAUCGACUUUGUCUACUACUUCGACCCUGAUGGACGUUCAAUCCCCUUCGGGCGAUCAAUGACAUAUCGUUUCGCCAUGGUUGGAUUCUGGGGCGCAUUGGCUUUUGCGGAUGUCACUCCUCCUGCACCGCUCACCUGGGGCAUAGUGAAGGGCAUACUGCUUCGUCAUUUCCGAUGGUGGGCAACCCAAGAGGAUAUGUUCAACAACGACGGAACAUUGACCCUCGGGUACUCUUACGCCAACAUGUACUUGACGGAGAACUACAACUCGCCAGGCUCGCCAUACUGGUGCUGCCUGUCCUUUGUACCUCUUGCUUUACCAGAGUCACAUCCAUUCUGGGCCGCUGAAGAGGAAACAUACCCGACGUCCCUUUCGGCUGUGGCGGCUCUCAAAUACCCAAAGCAUAUCAUGGUUCACCGCGGCGGACACACCUUCCUACUCUCAUCUGGACAGGCUUGCCACUACCCCGUCAAAGCGAUUCAGGCCAAAUAUGGCAAAUUCGCUUAUAGUGCAUCCUUUGGAUACUCGGUACCAACUGGGGGAUACCAGCUGGAACAGCAUGCCCCCGAUAGUAUGCUAGCUCUCUCUGAGGAUGGCGGCGAGGUUUGGCAGACACGCAGAGUUGUUGAGGAUGCACGUAUCGAGUACCGGGACGACGUUCCCAUUCUCAUCUCCACCUGGAAGCCCUGGUCAGAUGUCGAGGUCGAGACGUUCCUUAUCCCUCCAGUCGACGGAAGCGAGAACUGGCACAUUCGGGCUCACCGUGUCCGCACCGGGCGGGAUCUCCAGACCUCUGAAGGAGCGUUCGCGAUAUAUGGCUGCCAAAGCAGCAAUGGGCGCAUUCUUCCGCCUUUCCCCGACUUCUCCAACCUGUCAGCUGAGGGGACAUUGGCGGAAGCUCAACGUGCACUUACCGUGUCCUUAGCAGGUGCAGUUGGCAUCGUAGGACUACAGUCAACGGAUCGCUCAGGGAGAGUUGUCUUGGCGGACCCAAACUCGAAUCUGCUCCAUGGCCGAACCCUCCUACCAUCCCUCGCAGCUGAUCUAAAAUCAGGCACGGAAAUCUGGUUUGUGAGCGCGGUGUUUGCCUUACCAGCACAUGGAAACGGAGAGGGCUGGGAAGAUAUCUGGCUCGAGAAAUGGAAUAAGCCACCGGUUCUCCCAGGAUGGUUGAAGCAGCUGGUCGAGGGUUGA